AGAGAGAGAGAGAGACAGAGAGAGAGAGAGAGAGUCUCCGGAGUCUUACUUCUAACAAAUUUUAUUUAUUUUUCUAGUGUUUAACUUUAACUUUAUUGCUAUUCUUUAUUAUGGGUAACUUUUUCACCACCCUCUUAUUCCGCCUCAGAGAGAACAGACCAGUCAGAAUACUGAUGGUUGGUCUGGAUGCAGCCGGGAAGACUACAGUCCUCUACAAACUCAAACUGGGGGAAGUCGUCACAACCAUUCCUACUCUCGGCUUUAACGUUGAGAAGGUUGACUACAAGAACAUCUCCUUCACCGUGUGGGACGUCGGAGGACAGGACGUCAUCAGACGGCUCUGGAGACACUACUAUCAGAACACCAUGGGCCUCAUCUUUGUAGUGGACAGCAGUGACCGUGAGCGCAUCCAAGAUGCCGCUUUGGAGCUGCAGAACAUGCUGGAGGAAGAUGAGCUGAGGGACGCCGCUGUGUUGGUUCUUGCUAACAAACAGGAUUUGCCCAAUGCCAUGCCGGUCCACGAGAUGACCGAGAAGCUCGGACUGCACGCCCUGAAAGGACGAAGUUGGUACGUCCAGUCGACUUGUGCGGUAAUCGGAACAGGUUUAUAUGAAGGAUUGGACUGGAUGGUUGAUCAGAUGUCCAAACAAUAAACAUAAACCUCACGCUAUUUAUAACCUUAUGCAAAAGUAUAUACUAUGUAUAUUUGCCUUGAUCAUGAGCACUUUGAGAAGUUUAUCUUUUUUGUAAAUAUCUCUCUCUAUGUAUUUACUUUUAUUUGAGAAUAUCUUACUGUGCCUUUUAUAUUUUAGUUGAAUCAAAUGUAUCAUACCCGUCUAUGUGUAUUUCUACUGUAUGAGUGCAAUACAUUAAAAAUAAUUAUUGUUAAUUUGUACUUGAAGUCAGCCUGCUCAUUAGUAUUGGCACCCAUGGCAUUUUAUGUUUUCCUUUCUCUUAUGCAUUCUUUAAACUAAGACUAUUUGCUUAACAAAUCCCAUCUAGCUUCAUGGAAACACCACGAUGAAGUAAAACUGAAAUGGUCACUGAAAUAUCUUUGAACAACAAAACACACUAAUAUCAAAUGUUAUGUAAAAGCUGCAUAGUGUCUCUAGAGUUAAGCAAAAGAUUUGCACAAUAAAAAGCCUGAUUGCUUAUAAGUUUAAAAAAGGUUAUAAUAAAAACUCUACGAAAUUUUAGCGUCUACAUAGCCUCAAAAAAAAAAAAAACACAAAAUGGUAUGUGAAAUAACUUCA